CGUGUAUCACCUCUUCACAUCGUGUCAACCACUCAACCCUGCUCCUGUACAUCUGUCCUUCUUGGACCUAACACAUACAACACAAUCAAUACUAUCAUCACUUUGUCCGUCAAGUCACUUGUCAAUCCUAUCCCCAGUCUUCAUAAUCGGCAAAGAGAAACAUCAUGUCUUUGCCUAAACGUAUUCUCAAAGAAACUGAACGUCUUUUGGCGGAUUCACCACCUGGUAUUACCGCAGCACCUAAAGAUGAUAAUUUAAGACAUUUCGAUGUUACUGUCGCUGGACCUGAUUCUUCACCUUAUCAAGGUGGUGUUUUCAAAUUGGAAUUAUUCCUCCCCGAAGAAUAUCCUAUGAACCCUCCUAAAGUCCGAUUUUUGACCAAAGUCUAUCACCCAAACAUUGACAAAUUAGGACGUAUUUGUCUAGAUAUUUUGAAAGAUAAAUGGUCACCUGCUCUGCAGAUCCGGACAGUGUUACUGUCGAUCCAAGCUCUGCUCGGCGCCCCAAACCCCGACGACCCCUUAGCCAACGACGUGGCCCAACAUUGGAAAGACGACGAGAAGGAUGCUAUCGCCGAAGCGAAGAGAUGGACGCAACAGUAUGCUCAGUGAGUUCGACGCAUAGUGUUUUAGCAAGGAGUGUAUAGCGUAUGCUUGUGCUUUGCGGUUCAUCAUCCGAGCAGAUGAUCAGAUGGAGACAGGGGUGACAUGAGAGAAUGUAAUAUACGAUGUAGAUGAUUGCGAUGCUUGAUUGACAUGGUCG